AUGAUGGCGACUGCGACACAGAUCCAAACUUCUACCAUCUCGUUGGCCAACGGCCCCUCGGACGACGCAAUACGUCUCGCGGCCCUCUGCCGAGUCGCACUGAACACUCUCUACGCAGAACUACCCGACUUCAACCCUUCCCAGGCCUAUUCACCUGAUGAGAUUGUCAACCUGCCCCUCUCGGCUCAUCGGCUUCCCGACGAACUCUACGAUCUCCCCCGUCGACGUUCCGCGCGCGCCAGCCUGGCCCAGGAGAUUGCCGCGCUGCUCUCACCCAGCGAAGCCGACUCCCUGACGGCCCUCAUUCGCUAUGAAGCCGAACGCGUGAAACUUCGGGCCUGGACCGCUCUGCAGAGGGAGUUUGACCGCCUGACGGCCACGAGGAAGAACGGUCGGUCGACGCACGGUUUGUCCGGUGGUGUCUCGCCUGGCGUGCAAGCACCUGUGUGGUCUUCACGGAUCACUGCGCAGGGGCCUUGGGAUCCGGCUGUGAAACCGAUCUCCUUGAAUGGUGUCAGCGCUAUUCCCAUGCCGGUGGAAGUCGCGCAAGGCGAGGAUCUGAAGCCUUUCCUGGGACACCUGCGUCGCAAUGGCACGGCCGACGUACUUGAAAAUGAUCAGGCCCGUGUGCUCGAGGAGCCGUAUUACAAUGUCCAGGCUCUCGAGUUCAAUAAGGGCGUUCUGUACGAUGAUGGGCGCAUGGACCUUUGCAAGAUGGUCGUGGGACCAGAGCAUAUCUGGUCUCUCAUGUCUUCUUUGCGGCACAACACGUUCAUCAAACACUUCCUGCUGGGGAACAAUGUGAUCGGACCGUCUGGUGUCAACGCUAUCGCUGAGUUUCUCAGGGACCAUCCGGACAAGAUCGAGACGUGGUAUCUGGCUGGCAACUGCAUCGACACGGAGUCCUUUGCCAUACUGGCUGAAGAGCUCGUAAAGUCGGACAGCGUGACCAACAUCUGGCUGAAGCGUAACCCUCUCGGGCACGGAAGCGCAGGCCAUCUGGCCAAGCUAGUCAUCGGCGCCAAGAAUCUGAGGACGCUGGACUUGGACCAGACGGAGCUCGGUGACCAGGGCGUCGCAGACCUGUUCACCCAGCUCGCUGCGCACAAGCCUGAUGAUGCUUCACCACUGCCCUUGCGCAACAUCUACCUCAACGGCAGCGGUAUAUCCACCAAAGCCACCACCGCCAUCGGCCGGUUUCUGGCGUCCCCAGCUUGUGGGCUGACAUCCCUCUACAUGUCCUCCAAUCCCCUUGGCGACGAGGGUAUCCAGGCACUGGCAGAGGCUCUGCCUCACGCACCGCAACUCACCCGUCUGCUCAUACAAUCAGCCGGCGUCAGCACCAAAGGUGCCAUUGCCCUGUGCCAGGCUGCUUGUGGCCACCCCAGCCUCCGAGUCUUGGACUUGGGACAAGCGUACACCACCGAGGAUCUCGGCCAAGCGUACAACUACAUCACGGAUGAAGCGGUCGAUGCCAUCGCCGAGCUGAUCCGCACUUCCAGGCUUGAGUACCUCAAUCUGGGCCACGCACCCAUCUCACCAGCUCAGGUCAGGACACUCAAUGUAGUGGUCAUGGGCAGCCGCUCGCUGCUGUUCUGGAACGCAGUGCCCAUACUACCAGACCCGAGCCGAAAGGUUCCUACAUUCAGACCAUCGCGGGACCUGACGCUGACGCAGGACCCGAAUCCGCCCAAAGACCACUUGGAAGCUGAGAAGGCUCUGCGAGACCACUUGGCGGCUAACGUACGUGUCCGAUACGGCGAGGGUGUCACGUACAAAGACUUUGUGGAGGAAGAGAAGCGCUGGCUGGUCAGCGACAAGGAUGUGCGCAAGAUUGAUAGUGUGUAUCGGAAUCGGGAGGCGGGCAUGGCCAGACGAGGGAUUGCCAAGUUGGUGAAGGAGUGGGGGGAAGGCGAUGAUACCUUGGAGAAGGUGAAGCACGCUGUAGAACCGGUAUGCACUGUGCGUGGGUAA